AAUUUGAGAAUUAGUUAUUAAUUCUUAGUUUUUUUGUCCAUAUGCGAUUAAAAAACAAGUACUAGUCUUCACAGCAAACUUGCUUAUGUAAUACAAUCCACAUCCCAUGUACGCCUGACAGGUUCAUGCAUUGUUACGGAAGCAAAAAAAAAAGAAAAGCAGGUUAAAACUUAAAGGGUGCACAAUACAGGAGUGAGAAGCUCACCUGUAAAAAUGCCUUGUUUUUAUUAUUUUUUAUUUAAAAAAUUACCCUCAGAUUCUUGGCAUUCAAUUCGUGAUUGGUUACAUUGAUUAAGUUAAAAUUACAUGCAAUGGCUUUUACAGCCUUUAAUUGCCUCAGUGUUUUUUCCAAAUGAUCAACAUAAUGCUAUUUGAAUCACCUGAUCGGUCUUUUCCUCUUCCCCAGCACAUCCCCUGUGCUUUUGCACAUCUGUUGUUUUCCUUUCUUCCAUUCUCUGUCAUACAUGUACAUGUACCUCCCAUGCAACAAGGAGCAUGAAAUAUCAUUAGUUUUUAGUAAAACAGCAGAUGAUAGCUAAAUCUUUUCUUGAUGGAAAAAACUAUUUCCUUGCAGAGUGAGAAGGUCUUGUCAUUUGUUCCCCCUGAUGGAAAUUAUAGACUUUUAUCCUAUCACAUAACUUCUGGGUAAGUCUUGUUCUUUUGCUUCAUUAAUUCAAGAAGAACUCAUAAGUUAAUCCAUAGUUUCACACUUCUUGUGAAUCUUUUGAACUUCUAGGCUUUCAAGGCAAGGCUGAAAAUACAGCGUUUGCAUCAUUUCAUUUACUUCUAGUUUUUCUAGUUUGCUUCAACUGCACUAAUAUGUGGCAGGUACAAAACGCAUGUCACAGGUAACAAGUGCAGGGUAGAGUACAGGUCACCGUGCUUUGGUAAAUAAAAUCAAUGUUACAGGUCAAAAUAAAAUCAUUCAUGAAUUAGGACAAGGAGACAAAGGAAAUGAGAAUCAACCUAGGUUGAAAAACUUUAACAUGAAUUUAAUUUUGACCUGUUUAUAUUAUAAACAAUACUAAAGGUGUCUCCUAGUCCUGUUAUCAUCACCAUCCAGAUAAGAGUGCUCGGUUAAGUGGAAACUGUCUAACUCAGUGUAUUUAUCAAUAGAGCAGUGGCCUGGACUUGUAACCUGUGAUCUAUGUUUUGCACCUGCCAACUAAUGUGUUGUGUUCAUUUUUUGCACAGAACUGUUGCAAUUCCUGUUUAUGCAAAACCCCAAAUAUCUUACCAUGAGGUAAGUCAAAUUCUGUGUGUUGACAGGAUAAGAAAAACUCUGACUUUUUGCCAUCAAUAAUUCAUAGCAUGAUCAGCAAGGUUUUGUUAUUGCUUGAAUUCAAUAAUCCAGAGAGUAAAAUCAUGUUUACGGCAAAUGGCAAAUGUCAGCUGGCAUCAUGUGACCAAGCUAACCCUUUACUUAGCCUGUGAGCAAGCUCUCCUGUUUGGGCGAGUGAAGCAAGCCGCGUGAGAACAUGUGAGUGAGCAGCAGAGAUGUAAGGGCCUCUCCUGCGCCCCCUGCUUUCGUGUCUCCUCUUGUGUACCUCUUGUGCAUCUACUUUUCAUGAUAUCCCCUAAAUGGAGAGCUUGCUCGCAGGCUACCCUUUACUAGUUUACUGUUCAACUUGAAUCUGACGUACACCAUAAACCAUAAACGUGGUUCUAAAUUUCUCUAAAAUCUAAAAUUCUGGAAACUACAUGUAGUUAAGAAAAAUUUGGGAGGAGAUCUGCUCAGGUAUUAAACAUGUAUGCAGCUUGUAAGUUGUUGCAACACUAUCAGUUUGUCUAUUUUUUUCACUGUCAUAGGGUGGCUCUGGAAGGUUUGAACUUACUGUUGGUCCUAAACAAACAAUGGGAAAAACAGUGAGUAUAAUUUAUGGUUUUAAUGUUUGUUAAUGCAUUUUAGUGCAGUUUAAAGGAGUUAAAACAAAGAGCAUUGUAGCUGCAUUUUUUAGUGAUUGUUUUGUUGGUGAAUAGACUGUAAUUUACUACAUUGUUCAUGUGACAUAUAAAUGUUUUGGCAGCGUGAGAUAUUUCCUCAAGGAGGAUUCUUUAGUAGGUGCCCAACAUGGAGCUUCACUGACAGUAAUCUAUUUGGAGUGCAAUACAAAUUGCAUAACGUUUCUCAAAAGUUCAUAAUUCAACUCUAGAUCUUCAGAUACCGUAAAUCCUCUAUUAAACCCCCCCUCCUCCCUCCCUCUUAUUAUUCUUCACUAAUAAAUGAUAGAAUGUAUUAACCAAUCAUGACUGUAAAACUUUUUGUGGACUGAUCUGGUAUGGUUUAUUUACCAAUUGGAAGUUCUGAUUUGAUUCUGAUCCUCAGCUGCAUGAACUCCAACCUUCUUGUACUUGAGCUUUUCCACUUUGUAUUCUAGUUCUUUAUGGAGAACUAAUACCAUCGUCUUUUCUAAAUUAAAUAAGCCCCCCCCGCUCAAAUGGCGUUGAAAUAAAUAAGCCCCCCAGGGGCUUAAUAGAGGAUUCAUGUAAGCUUCUAAACAGCCUCCGGGUGUUCCUCCUGUUGGUCAGAACUGUAAUUAUCUUCUUGCAUAAAAACCAAACAAAGAAUAAGGUCAACACCCAACCAUCUUGUUCAAUGGCGGAUUAGUUACAUGGUCCAAACAAAACCUUAUGGAACAAAUCAGGAGGCCCAUCUUGCCAGCUCUGGUAUUCAAGCCAAUCAGAACUCAGGAUUCACCCCCUCUUGCCUGAUUGUGGAGCAAGCCAUAUAAUAAUUAUAUCUAGUUAUGAUGCAUCACUGUGCAAUAGCAAAUGGAUUGAUUGGUUCAUAAUUUUUCAGGUGGAAGAUGUAGUUGUGACAGUUCCUUUUCCUAAGCAAGUCUUGAAUGUCAAUCUUACCCCCUCAGGUGAAGUAUGCAUUUGCUAUGUUAUACAGUGAUCUGAUUACAAAUAGUUAUGGUGAGUCUGGGACUCAUCUUGUAGAAAAUCAUGACUUCCAGUCCAGAACUAAGAGUCCCAUAAAUCCGAAAUUGAAAAUGCUAUGGCCUUUAUGUAACCAGACGAUUAAUCUGGAGACAGAUUCCAAAACUCUGUAUUACAGUAUACUGAAAUUAAAGGAUAGUCCUUCUGUUUAAAGCACAACAAAGGCUAAAAGAAAUAUGCAUUGUUAAACGACAGCCAUGAUAACUGCCACAGAAAUUACAUGAAUGGGAUAUUUCUACAAAUACACAUGUUCAGAUCAAUGUAUCGAUCUUUGCAUCCUACAGGACGCAUGCCAUGAAUUAUUAAAUUUUGCUUCUUUGGGGAUUUUUAUGCAUCAGGGAUGCAGGACGCAGAGGGAGCUUUCCAUUCAACCCAAAAUUCAAGAAAUUUCGGUUGGUUGGAACAGACCAUUAAUUUCGGUUUGGUCCUACUGGAAUAUUGGGGACCAGCUUUGAAGGUGGUCCACUUUGACCGGUUGGGUUAUCUUGUUCGGUCGGACCGAAAUGUCCCUUUCCAUUUGACAAAAUUGUUAUCCCCAGUACUGCUCUUUUGUAUCCUCCUUACAAGAACAAUAACAAAAUGCGCUGUGGUGUGGGUCGGGUCUGUGCAACUGGAAUGUAGUGGAAUUUUUGUUGAAUGGAAAGUGCCCCUGGUAAGCGUUCCAGGGUCCCAGCAGCACAUACCUACCCUAAAAUUCUUAAGACCCCCCCCGUCUCCUGCGCAUCUAAUAAUUAAUUAAUUAUAUAUUAAUUAUUUAUAGACCGACUGGAAGGUGCCUGACUAAGACAAUUUUAUAUGAGUGGUUUAAAAAAUUUGCGCAUUGUUUAGAAACACUGAAAUGAGUGAAACACUCACAUUCAUUUCUUUCUUUUAAUAUUUACUGGCCCUGUAAAUAAUGUUUAAUUUAUUGUUCUUAUUUAGAAAUCUUUUAUGAAAAACUGCAUUGAUGCCAUGCAGUGGGUAGGCUUUUUGUGUCUGUCAGACGACUAACUUUUUAGAAUGAUCUUAAUUUUUUUUUCCUUAGAAUACUUAGCAUCCAGUUUAUAGUUAUUCAGUGCUUACACAUUACUUGUUGCAAAGGCUCUCAUUGAGCGCCAAUUGUACUUGUCUUUUCAGUUGGUACAUGUUCUUUUGAUCCUGUCAAGAAGGAGCUUGUUUGGGAUGUAAGUUCAGUACUUACAAUACAUUUAUGGUAUUUAAAAAUGUACUUUAUUUUAGUGUUAAUGAAUUCAGCCCGCAAGUACUAAUUAUUCUAGAUGUGGUCGCCAUUUCUGUUGGUCGUCCAAGCCAUGCAAAGGUCAAUUCGUUUCCAGAGCAAAGAAACUACGUUGGUCCUCAGUUACUUUAAGACUCUUAGGGCGCUUUCCAUUUGUCAGAACUGACUGGCCAGCCCAUUCCAACCGUAAUGUGAAUUUUACUUUUAAUCAAAACUAACCAUCAACAUCAGUCAAAUCCUAAAUAUUAUGUUCAAAAGAGAUGGUUUUUCAGCAAAACCUCUUUUUCGGCCCUUCGAGCCUCAGUUUGGUCUACAAAUAAGGGGGAUGCUGCCCCCCCGGGCCCCUCUCCUGGAUCCGUCACUGCUUUUUUGUUGUUGGGGGAGGGGGGGAGGGGCGAAUUUCAACCCAGUUUCCCACGCAACCUUGUAAAAGCCAAUAGAGAGGAAAAAUGUGAUGUCACGUUACCAUGGUAGCAAAAUUUAUGGUUCACAACAAUGGGGUGCUUGAGAAACGACGACGACGACGGCAACGAGAACGGCAAAAAAGCGAUUGGUUUAUGUUAGCAAAACAACAACUUUGCACGUUACAUUUCGUAACCGUCGUCGCACAACUGCUACAUUUGCGUGUUUAUGCGUUGCUUGUUUUUUGCAAGGUAAAUUCGCUCAUCUUCUAACAAAUGGCGAUUUGUUAUUGAACCCUUUAACUAGGAUUUUUAUUUUUUUGUAAAGCGCUCAUUACUGAAAAGCAUAGGCGCUAUAAAAAUAUUUUAUUAUUAUUAUUAUUAUUAUUAUUAAACUUCCAAAAUUCAAACGCCCGCUUUAUGGAGUUGGUGAACACAACACAAAAAUUUUCUUUUUCUUUUUCUUAAACCUAAAUACGGUCCUUUCGGAUUCAAUCGCAGAAAAUUUUGCCUACAGUUGUACAAAUUAAAUGAAAUUGAAUAAGAAGGAUGAACUUUGAAACAGUACGAAUACUUUUUCAGUGACAUUUUCAGUUCGUUGUCAUCCAGAAAUUUUGGUACCAUGGCAACGUGAAGUAACGACUUUUCCUCUCACUUUGAAAGAAGUAAUAACAUCCCCAAAACAGUCCAAUAGUGCAAUUGUGUUUAACAUUGACCCUUCUCAUGUGCUACUUCAUUGUGGCCAAUAGCGAUACUCACGCUAGUCUGCUACACAGCCGUUAUUAGUUUCGUCACGCAACGCUCCUCCCCACUAACGUUAGUUGGGAGGAGCGUUGCGUGACGACACUAAUAACGGCUGUGUAGCAGACUAUACUCACGCUGACGUCACUUAUUGAUAUUAAUGUGUCAACCAGAAGCGCAUCAGUUCUUUGUUUCACUCGUUAUGCACCUGAAAAACAAAAACGGUGCUUUGUAAACAGUUAGUAUUGCGAUAGCUAAAUUUUUAAAAUUCUUCUGAAGUCAGCAGCAGUGCAUGCUCUUCUCCAACACGCGGCACAAAGGGGGAUGCUUUAUCGUUUGUGCCACAGUUCCACAAAGGUUCUUUCCUACAUCGAAAGAAUUUUUUUCACAACAUCUUUGAUUGUGAACUCACUCGUUUGUGAAUAGCUAUAAAAUGUUUGUGCCAGUCUCUUAACCAAUAAGAAGCAAACUUUGCACCAAUGGCAAUCAUGAGUUGCUUGUACGCUUUUUGCCCUUCGUGUCCCCAGGUUGCACGCUAUUGGUUCACUAGACUGUUUGCAGAUGUGGUUGACUAAAUUGAUUAAUUUGGUUUUAGGUUUUAUGGCACUCUUGCCAGGAAGAAGAUAAAAUUUUUGUUUUGUAAUCUCUUUGCAGAUUGGUAAAAUAUUACCUCAGAAGUUACCCAAUCUGAGAGGAAAUGUAAGUGUAACACAUGCACGUUUUUUAAUAGUUAAAUCUGUUAGCCUGCAAAUGCAGACGUAUUUUUGAUUGUCGCUUCUCUCCGCCCGAGCGUCGACCGGAAAUACGUCUGCGUUCGUAGGCUACUUAACCUUAAGCACUGUAAGAGUACAAUAAAAUCCCCAUUACAUCCCCACUUCCCUCCAUCCCACUUACAAUUCCCACUGGUUUUAGACCAUCUAUUUCUAAGCAAAAUGUUAUUUCGCCAAUACUAUAUACCACAUACUUUCAUAUUGGGGUGACUUCUUGAUUUCAUGUCGCGUUUACUUGUCUGCGUCUUUUUUCUUCGUCUCAUGACCAACAUGACGACGUCAUCCUGAAUUGACGAAAAUUACGCAUGCGCUAGCCGUUCCAGUCGACCGGGAGUCCGAUUUCACAAUGGGAUUUCGCACCAGAACGAAUUCGACGACGACGACAACAACAGUUAAAACGUCGCAGAAAAGUAGGCUUCGCAUCCUUUUAAACUUUCUCGAUUAUUCCAAGUCCCCCAUUUACUUGGAAGAACGGAAAUUUGGCUGGAGCUGAAGGAAGGGGACAACCUCCGAAUUCAAACAGAGGUGGUAAAAUUUCAGUAUUGUCUUGCCGUCAUCAUCUUCAACAAAACUUAAAUUCCAGUCUUACAGUCUUUAGUAUCGCAAAUAGGCAUGUGCGCACCUCGAAAAGCCAAGUGAUUAACAAAUGAUACCAAAAUCAACCGUUUCUGGGUUCUAAAUCCGGGUCAGAAAAUUAUAGCCCGCAUACUUGUUUUAGACGGUACGGCAAUGGAUGUGGUGGAAGUGGUGGAAGUGGUGGAAGUGGAUGUACUCGAGGACGACGCCAUCUUUGAUCUGAGGCCUGAGGGGCCGAGCCGCCGAGCCAUAAGCGUGGUGGCCUGGAGAGUCUCAGUCUUACGCACAGGGACCUCUGCCGCCUGCCGGACCAUAUUUGACCAUGGGCCUUAGCACAGACCUCAAUAUUUUCCAAAAACAAUACAGAAAUAAAAUACAAACUGAAUUAUUCUAGAGCUAUGAUGGGUUUUUUUGUUUUCAACGCAUAAAAGCUCGAAUUAUGCUAGCAGUGCUAAACUGAAAUAAAAGCUUAAAAUAAUGCUCGUUUUGCUGAAUUAUGCUUAAAAUUAUGCUAGCACAAUCUACCAAAGCCUACCCCAGUUCUAAUAAGAGACUUCCCAGAGGACGGAGUUUUCUUCAAAGUAUUUUACAGAAACCUUGCUUUGUUACUUCUUCGCGUUUUAUCAUUAGCAUUUAUUGUUUUGUUGCAAAAUAAACAUACUUCACUUUCUGAAAAUGGUGAAAAUUUAAUAAGCGCCCAUCUCGAAUAAGCGCCCACUCUCAAGGUCCAAAAAUUUAAUAAGCGCCCAGGGCGGUUAAUCGAAUAAAUACGGUAAUCAAGAAAGUCCUUUGUUGAUUUAUUUUAAGGUGUCCCUUCAAACAGGCGUACCGCCUCCCGAUGAGUCUUGUACAAUCUCUGUAAGUAUGCAUCACAGCAUGUUUCUUUGCUUCUUUCUGUCAUUUUCUUUCAUCUUUUAACAAAUCUUCUUGCUCGCCACCUGAAAUUUCAGGUCAAUUUUAAGAUCGCACAGUUGGCGGCAUCAGGCCUUAAGGUCAGCAGACUGGAUAUCUAUGGAGAGGUAAGUGAAAUUGGUAUGAGUACCAGCUGUUGCACUCGCACGUCUCUCGUGGGUGACACGCAAGCUACUGUAGCGCACGCCAUCAUGACUUUACCGGUGUAGCUUUGCUUUCAGCUACUUAGAAUACGUAGAUUGUCCACAGCCGCGUGUGCCAAUGUGGAGCCCGAGGGGGUGGGGCGGGAAACAACAAAAGCCGAAAAAUAUUUUUUCUCCUACAGCUCUUUACCUCUACUACCCCGUCUUUUUUAUCCGAAAAAGCCGAAAUUUCGUAAGACUGGUUUCCCUGCGUGACGUUGCUCAAGCUCGCUAUCACGCUCACCACGCAAAACAGUUCUUGCUACACUAGUGACGGUUUCGUUGAAAAACCGACGAACGGGAAGUCCACGCGUGGCCAAACAGAGGCUCAUUUUCUUACAUGGCAAACUACUUUAACAUUUGAAUACACGAAAAUUGCUAGUGGCGGAUAGUUUCCUUUCACUGUUUUGCCUUUGUGAUCUGUGGAUAGGCAGGAAAUUGAAUGUUUACUCACACCCGAAAGCGCACAAACACGCUGUCAUAUUUAGCUGAUAUCUUACCAUCGUUUUCCUCUUUUUUUUUUUAGAAAUACAAACCUUUUAAAGGAGUAAAGUACGUCACCAAAGCGGGGAAGUUCCAAAUCAGAGUUUAGAAAGUAUCUUUUAAUAAAAUUCUAUAAAUUGUCACCAUAAACGAAGUAAUAGAAGAAACAUCGGACGACAAAUAAAGGCGACAUUGUUUCGCCUCUUCAAAUAGAUAAGAUCGUGGAGACUUGUUCUAGUCCUAGUGCAUAGGUUUCAAGUGAGCCUGGGUCAGCGUUGCAUUAUGGGACUGUUUUUGGAAGCACUAUCGCUUUUGCUUUUUUAGGAAGCUUAAGGCGUUUUUGGGCGUCACACGUCAACCGGAAGUUGAUGUUUUAGCAUUCGUGGGUGAUAGUUUUGCCCAAGAACUUUGGACAAAUCGUCUCUAUGAGAUUUAAGACACUUAGUUCAAAUUUGUUUCCGUCAGGACAAUUUAAAAGUGAAAAGGCUCUCUUCCAGUUGACGUGAGUCGCUCAACAACGCCUUUGCUUAAGCUCCUCAUUUAUUACGUGUUUGUACAGGGGAUUGGGUCAAAAUUCGUCCCCCAAACAGUCCCAUAGUUCAAUUCGCCGGGAGCGUGACCCAGCGUCACGCGCAACUUUAGAAUGACCAAUCUAAGGGCCUGUUUACAUGGAGUGGGGGACCCCGGUCUAGUGGGGUUGGUUUCUUUU